AUGAGACAAACAAUGGGCAAGAUUUUGUCAUCCUCGCAGCCGAAACUUUCAACAAUGCAACUCUCUUCAUUGCCAUCGUCCCUCGGCGAUCAAUCCGCGGCUUCCAUUCUCAAUCCCUCACUCAAAGAAAUACCUCCAACUGCUUUCUACCAUCCAACAUUCAUUUCCAAUCCCAAUCAUUUGAACACCAUUUGGAACGAAUUGAAAAGCCUCUAUCAACACCAACCUUUUAUUGCAAAUCCUGCUCUGAAGCGAUCCAUUUUCAAUGUUCAUUCAGAGGCUCAAGUGAAGCGAUGUGCCGACAUGUACUUUCCAACCUUGCUUUCGUACAUUCAAUCACUAGCACCCUACUUUUAUAAAAGGACUCGAGAUGCUACUUUCCGAACAGUCAUGUCUUUACAAGAUUUAGUGACGGCCAAAACACCCAACAUCAUUCCAAACACAAUCCAAUUCAAUCAUUACCAACAUAUUGAAAAGAGUGGAUGUCCUCUUCAUAUCGACAGCCGAGGGCUGGGACCCACCAUAGGUCUGCUCUCCUUUGGAAAUGAUGCAACGAUGAGCUUCUUGUUGGAUCCUCCUUCCAACUAUACCAUUGAGCAAGUUCAGGCAUGUCCUGACGAAUUGAGGGUAUUUCUACCGAAUGGAUCUCUGAUCAUUUUGGCCGAUGACAUUCGUUACAAGUAUGUGCAUGGCAUUCGUCCUGAGAUACAGAAGAGAAAUCCAAAUCUGGAUCAUGCAGAGAGAUUUUCAGUAGUUUUUUGGUAUCAAGAUUAG